UGUAACUAUACUCAUUUUUACAAAACACUAUUUGCCUAGCAAAUUUUCUUCCUUCCUCUCUUUUCCAUCUUCACUCAAACUCAUUGGUUUUUGCUUUUCUUCAUAAAUUUGAGUAGCUUAGCCUCUGAUUCACAGAAUAAAACAGAAAGUAAGAAGAGUAUUAUAACAGUUACCUUGAGCAACAAGAAAAGAAGAUAAAUGGAUUUUUGGGAUGAAUUGGAAGUGGCAUCUGCUCCAAUUAUUCAAGUCCUACUUAUAAGUGCAGUUGGAGCUUAUAUGGCAACUGAAUAUUGUAAUAAUAUUCUUUCACCCGACUUUCGAAAAUCAUUGAAUAAGAUUGUUUUUACAGCAUUCACACCUUCACUUAUAUUUUCCAGUUUUGCAAAGAGUGUUUCUCUUGAAGAUAUGAUAUCAUGGUGGUUUAUGCCAGUUAACAUUGGACUAGGCUUCUUAAUUGGAGGGUUUCUUGGAUGGAUAAUUGUUAAGUUACUAAAGCCAAACAUGAAAGUGGAAGGUCUUAUUAUUGCUUCAUGUUCAUCAGGAAAUAUGGGGAACCUUCCGAUUGUAAUUAUUCCUGCUAUCUGUAAUCAGAAAGGAGCUCCAUUUGGUACACAUGAUGCUUGUCGCACUAGAGCACUCUCUUACUCUUUUUUCUCUUUGGCGAUUGGUGGUGUUUACAUUUGGACCUUCACUUACCAACUGAUUAGACAGAGUUCCAUGAGAUAUAAGGCAUUUGAGGCUGAUGAGAUCUUGAAGAUUGCCAACAUAGGCCUUGAUACUAAUGCACAAACUCAACUUCUCAAAGGAAAUGAUAAUGUUGGAGACACUGAGAACCAAAUACUUGUAGACCAAGGUAUAUCCAAUGUAUCCCAUAGUAAAUCUUUUAUGCAUAGAAUGAUGGAAUCUUCAAGCCAAAUUCUGGAAGAAGUUGUGUCACCUCCAAUAAUUGCUACUUUUCUAGGCUUCAUCUUUGGUGGAGUUAAAUGGCUAAGGAACCUUUUAAUAGGACAAGAUGCUCCACUGAAAGUGAUCCAAGACUCCAUUCAAUUGCUAGGGGAAGGUACAAUUCCUUGCAUCACCAUUUUGCUUGGGGGUAACCUUACACAAGGCAUGCAAUCAUCAAGUAUCCAACCAUUAGUCCUCAUUUCUAUCAUCAUCGCUAGACUUGUCUUACUACCUGCUAUUGGAUUUUUUGUUGUUAAAGUGGCUGCAAAUUUAGGUUUCCUCCCAUUGGACCCUUUGUUUCAAUAUGUUUUGGUAAUACAGUAUGCCCUGCCACCUGCAAUGAAUAUUAGUACCAUGGCUCAGCUGUUUGAUGUAGGAACAGAAGAGUUUUCAGUUAUCCUUUUGUGGACAUAUGGUGCUGCUGCUAUAGCACUCACACUUUGGUCAACAUUCCUCCUAUGGACUUUAUCUUAAGAUGGUUUUAUCUUCUCAACCAUCAAUAAGUUAUUCAAACAAAUGUACAGAACCACUAAUGUAAUAGUUGUGCAAAUGAGACAAUUGUACAGCAAAUGCCUUUCACCUCUUCUAGGGGCAGACUAGUAGUAAACCCUUGCUUUAGGUAUCUAAUGUUUUACUUAUUAAUACUUGUCAAGGCUUGGGUAUCACUUUACCACGGCCAACUAUUUACAUGUAAACAAUUUUGCUUUAAGCUUCACUCUAUAUUCCACAAGUACACUAUAUGACAAGAAGAAAAAAAUAUGUUUGUU